UGAACAUGGAGGUGACGGCUGCACGCCGCUCGUUUCUGUGCGACAUUGGUUUCUGGGCUGACCGGACUGCCCUGCACGAGGCAGCAUUUCACGGCAGGGUUCUGCAGCUCCAACAGCUGAUAGAGAGCGGAGCCUCGGUCAACAUCGUGACGGUGGACAACAUCACCCCCCUGCACGAGGCCUGCACGAAGGGUCACCUGAGGUGCGCCCAGCUGCUGCUGGAGGCUGGAGCUCAGGUUGAUGUACGGACCAUCCACGGCAGCACCCCUCUCUGUAACGCCUGUGCUUCCGGCAGCCUGGAGUGCGUCGAGCUGCUGCUGGAGCACGGAGCCAAAGUGAACCCGUCCCUCACAGCUCUGACCGCUUCACCCCUCCACGAGGCCUGCAUACAGGGUAAUGACGCCGUGGUGAGGCUGAUGAUAGCGAGCGGAGCCCAGCUGGAGGCGUACGAUGUCUACUUUGGUCCGCCCCUCCACAUCGCAUGUGCUAAAGGACACGUGGGCUGUGUUCGGGAGCUGCUGGUUGCAGGUGCCAAUGUGAAUUCAGUGAAGUUCCAUGAGACAGCUUUGCACCACGCGGCACGGGUCCACGUGGCGGACAUGAUCGAGCUGCUGGUGGAGUUCGGGGCCAGCGUGCACGCCAGCGACAACCUGGGGAGAAAACCCGUGGACUACACCUCGCCAGCGUCUCCCUCUCACACCUGCCUCACGUUCUACGAAAGUCAUCCUCUGAGUCUGCAGCAGCUGUGUAGGAUCACCGUGAGGAGGACGCUGGGCACCAGGGCCUCAGAGGUCAUAGGUCGGCUGAACGUAUCCCAUCGCAUCCACCGCUUCCUCCAGUUCUACGACCACCCCUCGUCACUGCAGAGCCACACAUGACGGGAUCCCUACCCCUGCAGGAGGGGGGCCCCGUUCCAUUUGGAUUCACACAACAUGGACUGAAUAAAUGCUCCUAAUUGAAGUUAUACAUCAUUAUGAUAUGAAUCCCUGUAACAGCAUCAUGUAUCCAGGUGAAGAAUAAA